GAUGAGGCCAAUCAUCUGAGCUAAGAUACGGCAGUUACCUUGGUUAAACCUGAAAUUUUCGGGUCAGCUGGGCCUGCGCAUGGCAUUCAAUGAGAAGCUGAGCCCAACCGCUUCCAAUUCCAGCAAAGGCGCCUACGAAUCUUAUGUGAUUGCUCUGAGAUGCAUGUUCAGUCAUGCUCAACAGACUGAAAAACCGCGAUAUACAAAUUUCAAAUUUCCGGCCGUGAAAAGCGGCACAUUCCCGGUGUCUAUCAGGAUUGCCGGAGACUAACGUGGAAGCUCUCUCCACGGUUACUACUAACGCCGCCACGGACAACGGUACCAGUUGGUCCACCAUCCGUGCAGUCAUGGACGGAAGAGAACAGGACAACGCCCGAGCCGACGGGGAGCAUGUGCCCACGGACGAAAGGCAAUGCAGAAUAUGUCUGGACGGCGCCGAUGCAGAACGCGAGCUGGGUCGCUUGAUUCGACCGUGUCUAUGCAGAGGCUCAAUUAGCUAUGUGCAUAUAAAGUGUCUGCAGCGCUGGAGGAAUACCGCCACGUCCCAGAGCGCAUUCUUCUCAUGCCCCCAGUGCCAUUACAAGUAUCGAUUCUCGCGUACCCGGAUCGUCGGCAUUGCAACGAACCCAGUGAUACUUGGUGCCAUCUCUACCCUUCUUUUCACAAUCCUUGCGUUCAUAUCCUCUUCCGUGACGACCUACCUCAUGUCCUUUUUCCAGGAGCCCACCGUCUACUAUUCCUCGUCUCUCUUCUAUGUGUCUCCUUUUGAAGUCAUCCAUGAUCUCGUCCGUGCCGCUCUUCGUAUCUUUCAGGACGAAGACCUCGUCGCCGUCUUUGACGAAGCUCUUCCCAAUAUUCGACGUGACCGGCGCGGCGAAACGAUGAUGGGUGCUACACGAUCAGCUCCAGGUCUACUCAGAAGCGUGGUGCAGCGCUUUUUGCUCGGUUUGCCGUUAAUCGGAGCGGGAUCGUUGAUACAGAUGCUUUUGUCCCUUCCUUUCCUUGGCCCAGUCCACUGGCUCGCGCGCUACAGGGGUAAUCGAAGGAGAAAUAAUGACUCCCGAGAUAUAACGGCGCUGAUCAUUAUCGUCCUUAUUGUCGUAGGCGCUGCUCGCGCUUUGUACAAAGUUUACCAGUUGACCCACAAGGUGACGAAGCAGCUGCUUUUACGUGCUGAAGAUGCGAUACUUGAAGUCAACUGAUAUCCAAGCAUUCGCCGAGCUCUUAUAAUUGACAACAACGUAUGAAUCAUUAUCACCAAACCACGGCUCUUCACCAAUUCCGUCUGAGCAAACGCUUGGCAUUCUCAUAUGUACUUUUCGUUUCUUUCCUGUCAACAUUCAGCUCUUUCAAGUACUGGUCAACGACGGCGUC